GGAGGGAUACGUCCGCCUGCAGAUGAGCUCUUGUGAGAAAUACAGGGAGAUCCCGAGACCAUAAAGGAAACCCAAAAGUGAAUCAAGGGAAAAGCUGUUCAGAAAAGCCCUGGAUGGGCACGACAAAAACAGUGAUAGGAAGUCAUACAACGGCAUGACAUGAUGAGAAGCUUUCUUCAUCUGUUGACGGUGUCCUUGAUUUUUUUCUUUCUCCAAGAAUGUUGGGGCCGGAAUGAAGAGGAACGCCUCAUCAACUAUCUUUUUAAGGAGCGUGGCUACAACAAAGAGCUUCGUCCGGUCCAAAAUAAAGAUGAUACUGUAGAUAUUUAUCUGGCACUGACACUUUCUAAUCUUAUUUCCUUGAAAGAAGUUGAUGAAACAUUACUAACAAAUGUGUGGAUGGAGCAUGGCUGGACUGAUUAUAGACUUGAGUGGAAUGAAACCGAGUUUGAUAACAUUCCUGUUCUGCGCCUGCCGCCAAGUAUGGUGUGGUUACCAGAGAUUGUUCUUGAAAACAACAAUGAUGCCCAGUUCCAGGUGGCCUAUUACUGCAACGUAUUGAUCUAUCCCAGUGGAUAUGUGUACUGGUUGCCUCCAGCUAUAUUUCGAAGCUCCUGCUCUAUAAACGUCAACUACUUCCCUUUUGAUUGGCAGAACUGCUCACUAAAGUUUAGCUCAUUAACUUACAAUGCCAAAGAGAUUAGCUUACAUCUGAAAGAGGAGCAGGACGGGGAUGGAAAGUCCUACAAGGUGGAAUGGAUCAUUAUUGAUCCUGAGGGAUUCACAGAAAAUGGCGAGUGGGAAAUUGUUCACAAGCCUGCCAGGAAAAACAUUUAUAAAAACAUCCCAAUUGAAAGCAACAAGCACCAGGAUAUCACCUUUUACCUCAUCAUUAGACGUAAACCUCUGUUCUACGUUGUCAACAUAAUCAUUCCCUGCGUGCUCAUCUCUUUCCUGGCCUCACUCGUCUAUUACCUGCCUGCAGACAGUGGUGAGAAGAUGACAUUGUCCAUCUCUGUGCUGCUGGCUCAGUCUGUGUUUCUGCUGCUAAUUUCACAGCGUCUGCCUGAGACGUCUAUGGCAGUUCCCUUAAUUGUGAAGUAUCUGAUGUUUAUCAUGGUACUGGUCACUGUGGUGGUGCUGAAUUGCGUAAUUGUGCUCAACUUGCAUUUUCGGACCCCUAGCACCCAUGUCAUGACCGAAUGGACCAAAGAGUUCUUUUUGGAGCGACUGCCUCGUCUUCUCGGCAUGUCCCGUCCAUCCGAUGACAAACCCAGCCUGGAGGGGGCGCUGCCGCGGCGUUCCAGCUCAGUGGGGUACAUCGCCCAGGCCGAGGAGUACUAUAGUGUUAAAUCACGCAGCGAACUGAUGUUUGAGAAGCAGUCUGAGAGGCAUGGCAUGGCUGCUCGCCCCACUCCCAAUAAAGAAAUACAUAUAAAUAAUAAAAAGACCAAGCCUCAGAUAGGAGGCCACACUGUCCUCUCUAGAGUGUAUUUGCCCCAUUUAGAUGAAAUGAGGAUUUUCCCGCCAUUACAGUCCAAGGCCCUUCCCUCCAGCUCAACCCUUGCUGAAGUUGUGGAAUGA